GCAGCUGCCGCGGUGGAGUGGAGGAGCGGUCAGCCCCGACCUGAGUCGUGCCGGCGUGACAGGAGGUGUGGGACCCUCGGCCGCAACCUGACGGACAGCCGGCCGCCAAGUGCCCGACGCGACUGCGAGGAGCCGGUGACCGUACUACGCUCAGAAGCUGGUUGGGUCGGGGGUACGCAAGAGCCAUUUGAGGCCGCAAUUCAUUGCUGGCGGCGUGCAGGUGGUUGGCUGUGAGCGGAAGGGAGUUGUUAAUCCUCUGACCAGCAUCAGCAGCGGGAGCUUCUGCCACGGUUUGUGCAACAAGGAGAACGAAGCAGACUGGAAGGGGAGGAGCCCUCCGAAGAGGCAGGCCUCUGACCGCCCGCAGCAGCACAGGCGUUUGACAAGCUACAGCUGGCCAUGCUGCUUUCUCUCCUAGCAACGAUCCUGCUCGCCGGCGCGCCGUCGGCACGCGCCAUCUUCCCGCUGACGGGCCUGGGCGCGUGCGAGCCGCGCGUGCUGGGCGUCGACCAGGGCCGGGCGCUCCACCUCAGCUCGGACAACUACCCGCUGACGUACCCGCGCGGCGCCUGCCAGCGCCACCGACUGCGGCCGGACAGCGCCAACACGUCCGUCUCGCUGGUCUGCACCGACGUCGACCUCGACUCGCUUGUGGUGCCGUGGCUCAACUGGCGCUUCUGGGGCGACUUUCUGACGCUGCCCGGCCGCGGGAUGGUGUACGGCCGCGAGUGGUUCCAGUGCGACACGGCACCACUCAGCGUCGAGGGAGCGCCCGGCGAGGAGGUGGCGCUCGAGUUCUCGGCCAACUACCUGCUGCAGCGUCGCGGCUACAGCUGCAUGGCCCGCGGCCUGGACGCGGACAGCCGCCGCGGCCGCCAGCUCAGCGCGCUCCGACACAAGGAGAGCAGAGACUGCGGCAGAUCGCGCGUGCACCGGAUCGUCGACGGCAAGAACGCCAAGCUCGGCGAGGUGCCGUUCGUCGUCUACGUCGUCACGCGCACCGCCGAGAACAAGAAGCUGUACUGCGCGGCCACCCUGAUCAGCCGGCGGUUCCUGCUCACGGCGGCCCACUGCCUGGAGCAAGCCGUCUGGUCGGAGCUCCGGCUAGGAACGCUGGACGUGAGCCUACCGGGCGAAACGUCCUUCAUCGCUAACGCCACCCGGUUCCGCCAGCACCCCCAGUGGGGCAUUCACAAGUACAAUCGUGAACACGACAUCGGUCUGAUCGAGCUCUCCGAGAACAUAACGUUCACAGACUACAUCCAGCCGAUCUGUUUGCCCACCGUUCUCGAGCUGGAGGACCAGUAUGUCAACGAAGAGGCCAGCAUCGCCGGCUGGGGCAAGACAUAUCAGGGCCAGCACGGCGGCAGCUUCAUCCUGCAGGUGGCGAAGGUGCGGGUCAUUGGCAACUGCGAGUGCGCCCAGCGCUGGCCGUUCCACAUCACGCCGCUCAAGAUGUGCUCCAGCCCCACCACCGGCAAGCAGACCCACUGCUCGGGCGACAGCGGCGGCCCGCUGAUGGUGCUGCAGGGCGGCCGCUGGACCCAGGUGGGCAUCAGCAGCUUCGUCGCCGGCGCCGGCUGCGAGACCGGUGACCCGGCCGGCUACACCCGCGUCGGUCCCUACAUCAGCUGGAUCCGGGACCACACCGACGUGGACAUGCCUAUGAUGUGACACUUCGGCGGGCCGGUGCCGCGUCUGUACUGCGCAGGCGUGUGCCGAAGGGAAGGCGGAGGGCGCCUUGCUGCCGACUCCGCCAGCGGUCUGGGGCGAGGCGUUUUGGUAUGGUGGCCGGCUUUUGUUGCGAUGGCUGAAGAAGCGAAUCACGCUCGGUGAAUAUGUUCCCGGGGCUUCCAGCUACGUAUAGGCGCUAGGAGAGGAAUAGCACACAAAUAGCUUAAUUAGUUCUGUGCAGAGUUUGCGUGACCCGGCAUGCA